AUGUCGUCUAGUGGCACCAUAAGUAACUAUUAUGUCGAUUCUCUCAUAGGCCAUGAAAGCGAAGAAGUUUAUGGGAGUAGAUUCGUCCAGGGAGGUCACAGUGCGACCUCCAGGCCAUCAGGUGUUGCAGAGAGUUCAGAUUUUUCCUCUUGUAGCUUUGCACCAAAAUCCACCGUGUUUUCCACCUCCUGGUCCACUGUUCACCAUCAGCCGUCUGCGGCAAUGACCGGGAUCUACCACCCCUACAUGCACCAGCCCCACUUAGGGGCAGCCGACGCUGGCCGCUACGUGCGCUCCUGGAUUGAGCCCUUCCCGGGCUUCCCGGGCGGCGGCGGCGGCGGCGGCGGCGGCAGCGGCGGCAGCGGCAGCGGAGGCAGCAGCAGCGGCGGCUCCGCGUCCAGCUCCGGCUCCUCCAACGGGCGCCACUAUGGGAUAAAGCCGGAGACGGGAGCAGCCACCUCCUCGUCUUCCUCCUCCUCUUCCUCCUCCUCCAAAAGGACUGAAUGCUCCUCGUCUCGGGAGUCCCAGGGGAUCGGUGUGCCCGAGUACACGUGCAGCUCCUUCCUCCAGGAGUCCCGGGAGAAGGCGCCUGCCGGCAGCUCCAAGGACCCCGCCGCCUGCAGCCACAACCCCAGCCCGAACAGCGAUCUGAAAGAGGAGAAGCAGCAGCAACUUGACCCAAAUAACCCUGCAGCAAACUGGAUCCACGCUCGUUCAACGAGGAAAAAGCGUUGUCCCUACACAAAGUAUCAAACUCUGGAACUGGAAAAGGAAUUUCUGUUUAACAUGUACCUCACCCGAGACCGCCGUUAUGAAGUAGCUAGAAUUUUAAACCUCACAGAGAGACAGGUCAAAAUCUGGUUUCAGAACAGAAGAAUGAAAAUGAAAAAGAUGAACAAGGAGAAAGGCAAUAAAGGAGACUAACACUGGGGUGGAAACGUAGUUGGGGACUAUUGAUUUAGUUUUGAAUUUGGAUUUUUAUCGGGGGAUUGGUUGUUGGGUUUUUUUUUUUUUUUGGUUUUGGGUUGUGGCUGCUUGUUUUUUUGGUUGUUCGGGGCUUUUUUUGGGGUUUUGUUGCGGUUUGGUUUGUCCUUUAUAUAUUUUUUUUUUGGUUUUUUUUUUUGUUUUUUUAGGUUUUUUUGGGUUUUUUUUUGUUAGUUUGGGUUUAUUCUUCCUCUGCACCCUUAGCCCCGCAUACGUU